AUGCCAAGGUUGAGGGGCCGGCGACUUCCCUGCGCCAUCGUCUCUACACUCAUUAGCCUAGCGACCAUCUCUGGCCUCUAUCAAAAUUUAGGCCCUAGACCUCCUCCCUUGGAGGGAGCACAAGAGGUACGCUGGAUUGCGAGCUCGAACUCUUGGGUAGAUAGAAAAGCGUGCAAGUGGUUUGGCGUUUGCGGCGCAUCACACCUGAGUCGGAAGGGAUGGACUUCUAAGACCUCGAACGAGAUAGAGGCUGGAAAGCAAGGGCUGCUCGGCGGUGCCCGGACUAAGGACGAGAUGGAUCUCAGUGAUUUCUGGAUCAGCGGCGAAUCGCGACCUGAAGACUGGUCGCAAGACGAGCGUGUACUUCGGAAGAUUCCCAAAUAUGUGUUUGAUUACGCGCCAUUGGUACACCUGUAUUCCGGCGAGCAGUUCUGGCCUUGCGACAUCGCAGAGCAUCUGCUACACACAAGGCCGUACCGCAAUUACACGCCGAUAUACGGAGAGCCCAGCCACAACUUGACGGACCUUGACAGUCUCAACAAGUAUGGCCGCUGGACAUAUCUGCAAAGCGUCGACAACGUGGAGGACCGACCUGACUGGUUAGGUGGAGAGCAGAACAUUCCGAGCACACCGCAUUCGGGAGACGGCGACGACGAUGAGCACUCGCCAGGCCGAGAAUGGCCAGACAAGGAGCUGCCACACGACGGCGCAGAUGAGACAUGGUACAAUGUUGGUGUCGGCGAUACUGAGGAUAAGGGCGGUGUACGACCAUUGCCAGCAGGAUCACCGGUCCCUAUACCUAUCGAUCGUGAGGAAGAAGAACAGACCGAUCACACCGGCCGCAAGCGAUCACAAGAGCGGCAAGUGGACAGAAGGACUGCAGGCGGCCGAAGCGAUGCCCCAGCUGUCCUGGUUGUCGUCGACAAAGGGAACAACGUCACCGACGCGUUCUGGUUCUACUUUUACAGCUACAACCUUGGCAACGUCGUCCUAAACGUGCGCUUCGGCAACCACGUCGGCGACUGGGAGCAUUCCGUCAUCCGCUUCCAGAACGGCGAGCCCAAAGCCAUAUUCUGGAGCGAGCACAACCUCGGCCAAGCGUAUACGUACGACGCCGUGGAGAAAAUCGGCAAACGCCCUGUAGGUUACAUAGCAACCGGGACCCACGCAAUGUACGCCUCUCCCGGCGCACAUCCCUACGUUCUCCCCUGGGGCCUGCUGCAUGAUCAAACCGAUCGUGGUCCCCUAUGGGACCCCCUCCUCAACACGCACGCCUACACGUACGACUAUCUGAACGACACUCUCCGCGCCUCGACGCGCACGCCGCUGGCGCCGACCAACUGGUUCUACUUCAGCGGCCACUGGGGCGACAAGUUCUAUCCGCUGUCUGAUCCACGGCAGUAUCGGUUUGCGGGCCAGUAUCACUAUGUCACGGGGCCGCUGGGGCCGAGGUUCAAGAACUUGGGGAGGCAGAGGGUUUGUCAGGGGAACAUGGAGUGUCGGCUCAGGAACUGGAUUGGACCUGGGGGGGCGGGGGUAUCGGAUGGGGCUGGUGAUGGGGAAGAGGUGAGUGGGGAGGAUACCAAAGUGAGACUCGCUGAGCCGCAGAAGGAGACCUGA